GUCACAUAAUUAUCACAUAUAUCGUUAACAAUCUGGAAUCAUGGCUGCACUGGCACCAAAGCCCCCUCCCCCUGAAUGCAUGAUAAUGGGCUACCCUGUUUACAACCUUCGCAAAGGCAAUCGAUUCGACUGGAACCCCGCCCAAAAACGCAACAUCACAAACUUCAUUAUUAAUAACCAUCUUAAGAAAGAACAAUGCGGCAAAGGUAAAAAAGAUCAGAUUCCCCGUUCGCAAUUGGUGCCUCUGUUUUCGGAACUGGGAUUCAACGAAUUUAGACAUAUGGUGAACAAUGAGAAUGAAAGCAUCUGGGAAAUUGUGGAGGAAAAGAUUCGAAAUCGUAUGUGGAAAGUUUGGGAGGGGAACGGGAGGGCAGACGUGAAACAUCAGGAGGCGGUCUUGAGCGGCGUCUGUAUGAAGGAGGAGGAUGAAGAACGUGUUGUUGAAGAAGUAGUGCCUUCUUUAAGAGAGAAUGCUGCUCUUCCUUCUGCUAUUCCUCGUGCUAGACAACAGCUACCAUAUUCUGGCCCUGGCUCUGGCUCUGGUUUUAGUUCCUCUCAUAUUCUCACCAACACCACCAACAACCACGACGACGGCAGUAUGAUCACUCGAUUGAGAUCUAAUGCGGCCAGGGGGAAUGCGGGAAAUCAAAGUGCAGUUUCUGUAUCGGCACGAGCACAACCAGCACUAAUUCAGACCCUCUCGCCAGCAUCAACAGCGCCAACCCAAAGUACCAAUAGUAAUGGGAUUCAACAAACUCAGGAACCAACAGUUUCUAAUAUCAAUUCUGGACCUGAAAAUUCUGUCAAUCCUUUUUCUAUUUAUUCUGAACAACAGAGAGAGGAAAUCAGGCUUAGGCUUGAAAGGGGGAGAAGGGUACAGAUCGAGGACGAGGCGGAGGUGGGAAGAGCCCUGCAAGCACCGCCGGUGCCAGUUCAACAACCACAAACUCAUGAUCAGAAUUAUGGCCAAGGUCAGAAUGCUGCGGCCUCCGUAGCCGGAGAAAACAACAACGGUGGAUUGGUGACAACUGUGUUUAGAACAAUAGGUAGGUUGGCGAACAGUUCCCAUGCACCUUGGGAUUUGGGAAUGGGCGGGCUAAGCUUAUCCAAUCCUGGCUGCAGUGAUAAUGGAAAUGGAAAUGGCAAUGACAAUGGCAAUGUUGAAAGCAGCGGCGAUGAUGUCAUUCCGGUCAGUGAUAGAAUGAGAGAUUUGCCAGUUCCGCCGAAAGGAUUUGAAGGUCAGCAGCAUACAAAUCUGGGGCCAGGAACUGUGGGUCAUCAAGAUCAAAACCGGGCAACAAUACCAGCACUACCACUGCAACUACCCCAAAACCCUUACUCUCAGCCAUCACCCCAAAACCCAUAUUUUCAAUCAUCACUCCAAAACCCAUAUUUUCAACCAUCAUCCCACAAUCCAUAUUCUCAGCCAUCGCAACCACCACAACCACUGCAACUACCCCAAAACCCUUAUUCCCAACCAUCGUCCCAAAACCCAUACUCUCAGCCAUCGCAACCACCGCAACCACCCCAAAACCCUUAUUCCCAACCAUCACCUCAAACCCCUUACUCUCAACCAUCACAACCACCGCAACCACCGCAACCACCCCAAAACCCUUACUCUCAGCCAUCACCCCAAAACCCAUAUUUUCAACCAUCAUCCCAAAACCCAUACUCUCAGCCAUCGCAACCACCGCAACCACUCCAAAACCCAUAUUUUCAACCAUCGUCCCAAAACCCAUACUCUCAACCAUCACAACCACCACAACCACCUCAAAACCCAUAUUUUCAACCAUCAUCCCAAAACCCAUACUCUCAACCAUCACAACCACCGCAACCACCUCCAAACCCAUAUUCUUAUCCAUAUUAUCCCAUCGCAUCACCACCCCAAUAUCCAUAUCACGAAGGCUGUCCUCCUUUUCCUCCCCCUUUUCCCCCUGCACCACCUCCUGCACACCAUCAGCAGCACGAUCAAAAUGCGGGAUGUAGUGGUGCACACGGUCAAUCGGUUAAUGGGUCGUCGGUCAGUAAGCUUUAUUUCAUUAAUUGAUUUGGCAUGGAUCGUUAUUGUUUAAGGGACGAACGAGUGGUGCGUAGUGAGUAGAUGAUUGCAUGGGUGAAUCGAUAAAUGAGCUGUUAGAUUGUAGGGGCGGGUCAAUCCAAGCAUAAAUGAAAGGGGCGGUCUGAUUUGAUUUGAUUUUUUCUGUCCUGCUUUGUUCUGUUUUUGCCUUGAUUUGAUUCCUUACAUUUCUUUUGUUUUCACCAAGAUGUGGAUAUUUAAAUUCAAUUCAACA